AUGAUAAUCAAUUAAUAUUAGUAUAACUUACUUAUAAAAGGCAUAAGGGAUCAAUUUAUCUUAUAAUGUUUAAUUAAUCAUAAACAAUUAAUAAUCUAAAUAUCCUAAAAAUAAACUAAAUUAACAAUGAAAAUUUAGAAAAUCAGAACAUUUCUCUUGGUUAUUUUAUAAAUCUUAAAAUACUUAUAUGCAGAUUAAUAUAGAGAUUGCACCCAAGGAAAUGUGAAUUAUGGACUUUUUAAUCCUAAAUUUAGCUAUUGCAUAAUUAAUUAGAGAAGCAGUUUUAUUCAAUCUGAUAUAGACAGCAUAAAACAAUAUUUCUCAAACAUGAAUUGCUUAAAUUUAAUGAAAUUUCCGUUAUUCAGUGGAAAUUACUUAACAGGGAAUAGUUGUACUUCAAAUAGUGAUAUUAUAAUACAAUAUACUCCCUAAAGCACGUAAUAAAAAUUAUGA